AUGACGACGAAUAUGCAACAAGGAACGAUUCUCGACGUGUUGAAGAAGAAAAUGCGUCAAACAAAAGAGGAAAUGGAGAAAUAUAAGGACGAGUGCGAGGAAUAUCACAAACGAUUACAAGUGGAAAUAAUGCGGAGAGAAGAAGCCGAAUCCGAAGUGGCUGCACUCAACCGUCGUAUCCAACUGUUGGAGGAGGACCUUGAAAGGUCAGAAGAGAGGUUGGCGACGGCCACAGCCAAGCUUGCCGAGGCUAGCCAGGCUGCCGAUGAGUCUGAACGAAUACGCAAGGCGUUGGAGAAUCGAACGAACAUGGAGGACGACCGCGUCGCCAUCCUAGAAGCACAGCUCGCCCAGGCGAAACUCAUAGCGGAAGAGUCCGACAAGAAAUACGAGGAGCAUUUCUCUACUACGAGAUUGACAAUCGCUUUGUACGUUCUUACUGAAGUGUGUCGUUGCAUGUCUUCUAACUCUUGCGUUGCCCUUCUCUUCCUAUAUGUCUCUUUGAAAUUUGUGUUGAAGUCGUAUAUUCUUGGCGACAGUGCCCGCAAGAUUCUGGAGAACAGGUCGUUGGCCGAUGAAGAGCGUAUGGACGCCUUGGAGAACCAGCUCAAAGAAGCCAGAUUCCUCGCUGAGGAAGCCGACAAGAAAUACGAUGAGGUCGCUCGUAAGCUGGCCAUGGUUGAGGCUGACUUGGAGCGUGCGGAGGAACGUGCUGAGGCUGGUGAAUCCAAAAUCGUCGAGCUUGAAGAGGAACUCCGCGUUGUCGGUAACAACCUGAAGUCCCUCGAGGUCUCUGAGGAAAAGGCCAACCAACGUGAGGAGGAGUACAAAAACCAAAUCAAAACCCUCACCACCCGCCUAAAGGAGGCUGAGGCUCGCGCUGAAUUUGCAGAGCGCUCUGUCCAAAAACUACAGAAGGAGGUCGACAGGCUUGAAGACGACCUGGUGGCCGAGCGCGAAAAGAGCAAACUCCUGCAGGAGGAAAUGGAGGCCACACUCCACGAUAUCCAGAACAUGUGA